GCCCCGAUAGGGUUCGGCAGCUUCGACAUUUUCAGCCUUAGCCGUAGUCGUAGACUUGUAUAAAGCAUGUGCUUUGUUACAGCGGGUGGGAGCUGCCAUCCGCGCCUACGGUUUCAAAAUAACACUAUAGAGUCUAAGGGUAAAACACUUUACUACUACUUUACUUGAGAUGUAAAAUUAUUACACUUAUUGAUCAGUCUGUGGCAGUAUGUAUAGAUUCUAUGGUCAUCACUCAUCUUUUAUGAUAGUCUUUCGUAACUUCGUAGUUCUUACUUCGUUCUUAAGUUCUUGUAAUUUAUAAAGUUGUAAAUAAACUAGAAAAUAUAAUGAAAUAUAUUGGUUUAACUUGAGCCCUUAAGCGCUCAAUUACUUUCGGUAUCAAGACAUAUAAUUAGAAAAUAUGAAUAUAUAAAUAAACUAAAAACAAAAAUGUUAUACACGUACUUACUGUAAUUAGUGAAAGUAACAAUCUGCAACGACCUCACCAUGGGAAAAACUAGCAAAGUUGUUGUUUGCGGAAUGAAAGGAGUGGGUAAAACUGCGAUUUUAGAGCAGCUUAUUUAUGGCUGUGUUAAUUUAAAAUCGUCGUUCUACCCAACAAUUGAAGAUAUAUAUGUUGCUAAUAUUGAGACUGACCGUGGUACUAAAGAACGGGUAUGUUUCUAUGAUACAGCUGGUUUGGAACCUCCGCUCACAGGCGAGUUAAAAGGACCUCCACAGUCUCCUACUAUGCAGCUGACAGCAAACCAAGUUCUUCAGAGACACUACCUAGGUUUUGCUGAGGGCUUUGUUAUGGUGUAUGAUACUACAAGACCUGAAUCACUUGACGUACUUAUGUAUUUAAAAAAGGAUAUUGAUAGAAAUAAAGACAAAAAAGAGGUUGUAAUGCUAGUCAUUGGAAAUCGUACAGGGCCAGAUGAUGUGAAUUGCCUUGAAAAUACUUGCUCGAAAGCAUCAAAUUGGUGUUCAAGAGAAAAAAUUCGACACUUUGAAGUAUCAGCCAUGGACCGACCAUCAUUAUAUGAACCGUUCAUAUUUAUGACAACCAAACUUAAUCCUGUUCAAAAUAAGACAGCUUUUCCACAACUUAGUACGCUAAGUAAGUUAACACAGAAGAAUAACAGAAGUGAAGCAAUGUAACAUCUCCUCAAUCUAUGCCCUUUCUGCUAUCAUCCAUAAGGUAUGUUCGUGCGACUGGUGAAAACUGAUUUCAAACUUUAUUUUAGUUUUCUUGUUUAUCUUGUUACAACAACUAAAAUAUAACACAGAAAAGAGAAUUAUGACAAAAAUUAUUUAUUUAUUUUAAUUCAACAAAGAACUUAUCACCGUUCACCCAUACACUAGGUAUUUACCGUACUACAAUAUAUACAAAAAUAGUUAAUAUCGAAUGGAACUAAUGAACAAAAAUUAUUUUACUUGCAUCGGAAGAAAUUAUGUUUUUUAUAUUUUAUAGAUUAUAUACAUUGUCUGAAAACAGUUUUUACCAUUACUAAGUUUUUGUUCAAAGUAUAUGAUUGUGCGAGCUUAAAGUCAUGUCACUCAUCAAAGCUUUUUUAAUUAUUUAUAGUCUAUUUUAUGGAGAUCUGCAUUAUUUAAGUUAGCAAAUGUACUUAUAAACUGAUAUUAAACAAUACUAUGAGGUGAGAAUAUAAAGCGAAUGAUGCAGGCCUAUUGAACUAGAGCAGUGUUUCCCAACUGUUUUUGUCCCAUGCACAUAGCCUUUCUAUUAUGGUUAGGCCUUCCCUAUGUAAAAUACAUCAUUUUUAAUGGUAAAAAAGUGAAUAGUUAACUGAAGAAACUUAAAUGAUAUGUUUUAGGAAGAACUUAGUAGGAUAUUUUUAUCGUGUUUCGAUAAAAAUUUAUAAUUAAGUUAAUUUUUAAAACAUAAUGAAAAACUGAAAUUCCAAAUAAUUUUUCUAAUAGCCCUUCUUAACAAUCGAAUUGCCCACCUGGGGCGUGGGCCACGUUGGAAAACACUGGACUAGAGAGACUGUUGACCUAUCAUAAUGAGAUCGAUCGCAUAAUCGUUUUACAUAAUGACAAGUUAGAUCGCUUGAUUAUCAUUGGUCAGCGCAUAACCAAUCACAAUCAAGCGACACGAUCGAUUUUCAAAUAUACAUUUUUACUCUCCUAGAGACAUUUUAUAAUCGCUACAUUAUUGAAUUAAGAAAUAUUAUUUUACAGAUACAACAUAUACAAAGAUACUAUAAACUCUAAAUAGCUAAUGAAUGUUUUAUUAUUUUUAAUUAUUUGAGGAUUAUAUCGUAUAAUCGUUAAUUUAUUUUUAUAUUGCCCCAUUGUUAUAAUUUAUCUCAUCAAUAUGGGGCAUAGAUAAAAUUAGAAAACUUUUAAAAUAUACGUAUAUGUCGCAGCCAACUAGUUUAAUUAGCCGUUCAAUCAACAGCAUAGCCUCUUAACUAAGUAGCGAAAUUUAACUAGCGGCCUCAAAGAUAUUCAAUCAUUUUGACUGUUAUUUAAAUUUAGUUCCACUUACUGCCACUCUCAAAGUCGAAA